AUGUCGAUGAGAACGUCUUAUGAAGUUCUUGGUCAAGGAGUUGGAGGUAUGGAGAAUCUUCCUUUUCGGUUUUCAGACUUAAAGAACUAUCUAAUGACAAUUCGUCAAAAGGAGAUGGUAGUUGGUGAAGCAACUGUAAUUCAAGAAUUCUUUAGAAAUGAAGCUCUCUCGAAACCAUCUUUUUACUAUGAUAUCCAAGUUGAUGCUGAAGAAGACAUAGGUAGCAUUUUUUGGGCAGAUGGAUUUAUGCAACUGGAUUAUUCUCUAUUUGGUGAUGUCAUCAGUUUUGAUACAACUUACGGAACAAACAAUCAAUAUCGGCCAUUAUGUUGUAUUUUGUUCUGGCAUGGUCAUUUAUUGGCCAUUAUUUCAGCUGCCUUUAUUGGUUUUGACAGUCAUCGUAAGAGUGUUUUAUUUGGUGCUGCGCUAUUGUACGAUGAGACAACAACUACUUUUGAUUGGUUGUUUACAACAUUCUUGAAGUGUGUUUUUCAUGGGAUUUGUUCAUGGCACAUGGCAGAGAAUGCAAAGAAAAAUCUUGGCUCUCGUGCAAACAGUGCAUUUUUCGAUGAGUUAACUAAUUUGGUUUCAAAUGUAGACGAUGAAUCAGAUUUCGACUAUAAUUGGGAUCAGAUGAUGAAAAAUUGUUUUAAUGGAAGGCCUACUUUAGACUUUAGGUGGCUUGUCCAAACUUACGGAAAUUGUAUGCAUUGGUCUUCAGCUUGGGUCAAGUCACAUUUUACAGCUGGUCUGAAAACAACUCAGUUAAGUGAGUCUUUCAAUGCUUUUCUUCGUGGAUUUCUGCAGCCAGACCAUUCACUUGUUCGAUUCUUUAGUCAUUUCAACAUUAUGGUUCAGAGAAUGAGGGAUAAUCAUGCUGAGUUGGACUUCAAGGCUGCAAACACUAGAACAAAAAAUAAUUAUCCCAACUGUCAGCUGAUGCGGUCCGUUGUAAACAAGUACACACCAGCUUGCUUUGCAUUUAUUCACAUGCAGUAUGACCUUUCCUUCAAAUACUAUUAUGAGGAGGACAUAACAAAAGGGUCUGCCUUUAACAAGUUUUUCAAAGUUUUCACAAUUGAAAAGGUUGAUGAUAAUUAUGAUGAUGUUGAUAAUGAUAAUGACGGGCCUUCCAAUGUCGAUGUUUUGGAUGCAGAACUUCAAGAAAACCUUUUCCCAAGUUUUGAAGAUCAUGAUCGACUUGAUGAAAGGGUUGUCACAGUUGACAUUAGAAGCAAAAGUUUUAGUUCUUCAUGUCGUAUGUUUGAGAACAAGGGCUUCUUAUGUCGACAUGUUUUGAAGAUCUUGGAGUUCUUAGGUGGUUAUGUGCAAUAUCAUUUUUUGAAGUCAAUACCUGGACAAUAUGUUUUAAAGCGUUGGACUAGAGAUGUGCGUCCGUCUGUUUAUAAGCUGAAAUCUACCAUCAAUGUUGGCACUGAAGACACCACUCAAGCACAACGAUAUCAACAAAUUUGUGUUGUUACCGUUCAGCUUUCUACACGUUUUUAUGCAGAUCCGGAGGCAUCUGAAAUUUUUCUCGACGGUGUUCUUGAAGCUGGGAAAAAGGCAGAGGAGUUGCUUCUUUCUAAAGGUAUUCGUACAGACCCAUCUUCCGUGACGUCAUCAUCCAAGUCUUCAAAAGGAGCUGUUGUCGGUGAACCAUCUGCUGGGGUGAAGUCCACUGCACCAAAGUUCAAAGAAAGACCAAAUCCAAUUAAGUCAAAGAAGCGACUUAAAAGUGAUUAUGAAAAAGCUAGAUAA